GCGACCAGGAACUAACGAUCCUGGAGGGUGAACUUAUAGGCAGGAUGGCUGGUAAGGGGUGGACAACAGGUUUGGUUGUGUUGCACCGUUUCGCAGAACGGGAAGAAAAGGUAUGGGACGUAUGUGCGUCUUGAGGUAGUAAUUUAUAAGGGCGUGGAGGGAGUUUGUUGAAUUCUGUUACCGUCGGAGUCGGACUCUAUCUCUAUCUCCAAAAGUCCGUUCUAAUCUAAUCUCUUCGUGCGUCGUCCUAAUCAGCGCGAGCCGCAGCCCCCGCUGACGCGAAUCGCGACCUCCGCGCGACCCUCCGCUGACCCGGUCUCCCUGCCGCCUGGAGCGAUGAAACCGCACCCUCGCGCCCAAGCCCAGACUCAAAACUCAGCCAAACCCUUCGCAUCUUCCUGUGGUGGCGUCCUCCUCCAACGUUGGUCCGUGUUUGUCUCCAUGGCGCUCUCGAAUGCCUAAGCCAAGGCCGACCGCGUCGAGCUGGUGCUGCAGGUGCUCGACGAAACGCCCCGCAGGACCGAGUUCUCGUAGACCAUGCUCGUCGAUUCUCUGGCGAGGGCCGGCCGACAGCACGACGCAUUCUGCCUCUCCGCGGAGAUGCGGGCCUCCAGCGUGGCCUGCGACUCCCACGUCUGCGUAUGUCACUACGGGAAGAGCUACAUAUUCAUCGUAAAUUAUGUGGAAAGGAUGUACAAGCAAGCUGCCCUUGUGCAGACAGACUCAGAGGUGUAGAGAAGACAUGGUGUCCGCUGAGGAUUGCAAGAUCCAUUGCUGCAUAGGCUGAUGUAUGCGGCACACCAUCAGGAGCAGACUGAUCCCGCACACAUAAGGUCAGGUACCCUCUAGAUUAGCAGAAAAAACUUAAACUUUUGGUCUUCUUCCUUUGAUUACGAACAAAUAUAAUAUAUUUUUUUCUGUAAAUUUUUUUAUAUUAUUGAACUUAUUAAAAUUUGUUCUAUAUCAUGUGGUCUCAGUGCACGCUUUGCGGAUUUUAUCCUGGGAAUUCUGAAUUUGGCUUGCCCUUUGCGGAUUUUCAAGUGGUGUGUGCUAUUUGUGGAUAGGUUUGGUGCUGCGAACAGAGUGUUAGAACCAAAUUCUUGUCAGGCUAAACCGAUUUAUAUCAUAGAUGCAGGUGAUUUUUUUCUUAUGAUUAUGAUCUUAAAUGGGAUUUAGUUGGACCGUGCUAUUCUGCUAUAACUGUAAAGUUAGGGUGCCGAAUAGUUGAUGCACCUGCUUCAUCAUCUAGAAAAAAGAAAUAAAGGAGAUUUUUGACGAGUUUCAUUUUUUAUGGAACCUUCGUUGGUGGCUCGAGCAACAUAUAAAGGCGAUCAUCACUUCCGAUGAGUUGAGUUUUAUUGCUUACUAUUUCCUUCCUUCCGAUUCUUAGCUGCUAGGAGCUUUCAAGUUGUUCCCUCCCAUAAUCUAGAGUAAUUACAGAUCUGUACACGUUAUAUAAGCAACUUCCCUUAUGCAAACCUGGAUGAUUAGUUAUGUAUAUAGAAUUUUGAAGAGAAAAUAUAUUUUUUCGAAUACAGACUUUGUUCUGCCCUCGAAUCCUCCAUUUUAAAUAGCAGCUUGAUGUACUAGUUCUCACGCCAUGCUGCUAUAAAAUAAUUGGAAGGCCAUAGUUUAUUUGAUUGCCAUAGCCCAAAGUUUCACUUCCAUUGCCAUGGUUGAGUGAUGAAUUUCCAUGAUGCUCCUAUGGCGUAAAACAAACUAAAAAAGGUCGUCAUUAAUCAUUGUUGGAGUUGUGGUAAAACAUAUAUCAAAUCAUUUGGUUCAUGUGAACUGAUCUAGAAACCACGUUCUGUAUCAGCAACUCAUCGCACAAGGCUGACUAGAGAGCAACUGUAAGCUUACCACAAACACUAAAAGCCUUCUUCCAACUGGUAUGACAGUUCCACUUGGCUUCUCCCUAUGUGUGUUUCAAAUCAAAAUGUGCAAGAGACACACCCAAUUGAAGACCCAUCCAUGGUGCCUAAAACAUUAAUAAAUGCUUAUGUAGUUCCAAACCUCACAGUAUAAUAUAGCAAGCUGAUUGCAGUUAACUUACCACUGAGAGGGCAUUUUUUGUAACGGUCGAUGGUGCCUGGCACGAUAUCUUACUACUUAUUAAGACAACAAAGGUAGUCUGCCUCCCUCGUUCUGCCGUUCUGCCGUUAAUCGAUCUGGACCGUCCGUGACACGAUAGCCGCCCACGCCAGCCGCUUGCGAUCCAUCCGCCCGCGCUCCGUGUGUCCUCCCACCCCCUUUCGCACGCGCAACAUGGCUCCCUCUGCCCUCUCCCGUUCGCAGUUCUCCUCCCAAUACGCACGCUAACAACUGCUCCCUCCACCUCCACCUCCACCUCCGGGCGCCCCGGCCGCCACGACCCUGAGCCUGAUGCCUGGCGCAGACGUCGGCGCGGACGAGCAGCAGGAGCCGGCCGCCGCGAGGGCCGAGGAGAUGCCCGAGCCUGCCCCCGCCCCCGUCGCGCCGCCGCCGCUCACCAUCUUCUACGGCGGCACGGUGGUGGUGUUCGAGGACUUCCCGGCGGAGAAGACGGCCGAGGUCAUGCGCCUCGCGGCCGGCGACGACCUGCCCAUCGCCCGGAAGGCGUCGCUGUCGUGGUUCCUGGCCAAGCGCAAGGACCGCCUCGUCGAGCGCGCGCCCUACGCCCGCCCGUUGUCCCCCGCGAAGGAGCCGGAGAAGAAGACGAAUGAGCACCCUAAUCUCUGUUCUCCUCGGUUCCCGCGUGUGUGGAAAAGCAGCGGGAUGGCCUAUGACCCUUUAAGAACUCAUCUAGAGCGAAGAGCAGCUGAGCAGUUGGAUAUAUUCAAGGAAAUGGUAUCUUUGCGUGUAUUUGAGAGGAUUUUUAGUGAACUCCUAUACUGUGAGCACUGGACUACACAUUAUGUUUUUUUGCAGGAUUACAAGUUCAUUCUGUUUUUCAGAUAGUUGGCUAUAUUGCUGACAGAUAGCUGGUUGCACAAUUACCUGUUGAUAAGGCGAUUGAACUGUGGGGUUUUAGCAGGGAGUUUGAAGUCCUAUUUGGUGCCAAGCUCCUAAACUGAGAAGGCACAGUAGGCACACAAGUAACUAUUGUUUCUAUGCUCCAAACUUAGAUGUUCUAAGCUCUCCAUGAUUAGGAAAUAUCUAUUGUUUCUGUGCACCAAAUCCAAGUUGCAGGUACCUCCAAGUUUUUAUUUAAUGUUGUUAAUCUACUUCAAUAUCGUCUAGCUACAAGUUGAUGUGAACCUAUGAUUGUGUUAUAUAGGGCUUCAAUCCUAGCAUUGGUCACGUGUUAUGACAGUGUGGUCGAGCAUGAGAUUUGAACCACUAAUUGUGUUAUGUCGAGCUUGUAUAAGCUAUCCUUUAUUAUCUAUCCUUAUUAUCUUCAGAUACAUGUGAUCAGCGAUCAUCUAUAGAGUAAUUUGAACUCUAUGUGCUGUAGACUUUUUACUCAUAACCUCCACAUUCCUAAACUUAUGUUUUUUAAGUUUGAGAUGAUGAUGUGCUUAUGUGAAGUUAAUGCUGACAACAAUACUAUUGGAUGGUAAGCUAAGAUAUUUCAUUUUCAACUAAUAUCAUAUAGAUACUUGGUUAAUUGAGAAUUAGUCAGUUGUGUAUUGCACAACUAAGAAGCAUACAAGUGUUUAUGCCUCUGAUAUGUUUGUCACCUUUUACUGGUCUAGAAUCGAUGAAAACAUUAGCUUUCUUAGCCAUAAGAGUUUUUUGUGCUUCCUUCUAUAUCACUAUUUGUUGGGAACUUUGCGCUUUUAACUAUGGUGGAGCAAUAUGGGCAUGUCGGCGCUACAGAAAGUUGUAGCAGCGGUAGUCCACGAUGUCAACGCUGAGGGCUGGGAUCGAGGAUUGGAGGGGUGAGAGGCGGGCCCGACGACGGUGGGGGUGGGCGUGGGCGUGGAGGAGUGUUCGGUGCUGCGGGAGGUGGUGGUGGCAGCGUAGUCCAUGGCCAUGAUGAUGUGUCUCCAGCUUGAGAAGGCCGAGGUCCAAAUGGAGCUCCACCAGUUCCACUGAGUUUUGCUUAAGUCUUCUGGAUGGCACACUCCUGUCGUACCACAAAUCAGAACCUAAUGCGUCAAUAGGCACCGUAGUUGAUAAUAAUAUCUGCCACCCAACAGAAUUUGAUUUCUUCGUGUGCAUCCAUGCUAGGGGCCAAGGGAACAAGCCGUCCUACGCAUUACCAUGUGCUACGAGAUGACAACAAGUUCACCGCAGAUGCUCUGCAGUCUCUAACAUAUAACUUGUGCUACAUUGCGCAGAUCAUCCAGGGCGGACCUAUAAGAUGUCAAGUGUGUACGCCCCAACAACCCACAGAUGCGGCUCGACGCUCUCCAUCGUCUGGUAUACCAGGAUAGGCUUCAAGAGAGGCUAAGAAAAUCUAAGUGUUUAGGACUUGAAGAGGCUGCAAAGAACAAAGGUUUUGACCUUGGUAACGAUGCACUCAUUGCAAACUGUUGAGGAGGAAUAACUAUUUGGCAGAUGCAGACAUGCAGUAGCUUCACACUUGGUUCAUCGGACAACAGUUCUUUGAACUGAGUAGAGUGGAAGGAAACUGAACCUAACACCCAUCCAUGACCCAGCUUACAUAUAGGUGGUUUUACUGGGUUCUGCAUCAGAUCCUCGCAUACAAGGUGACUUCACAAAUUUAGCCAAUAAGUUGUAUAGCCGAGUGAAGCUAUGUUUGACCUAUGCUACGACGAGCCACCAUCACAUUUGCAACAUGCUAAAGAGCAAAAUGACACCAAACUAAUGGAAAAUGUAAUCCAUGUUCUAUCAAGAUAUUUCUUACCGCUGCAACCAGGCACAACUGACAUAGUCUUCAGUCGAUGCCAUGCAGACGGACAUGGAGGUUGUGUUCGAGGUGCUGAAGAGCCUAGAGGACGUUGAGGAGCUGGACCCCGAGUGGCUGCAUGAUCCUCACAAGCUGCACACGUGCGUGGAGAAGGACACCUCCUUGUCGGACUCGUGCGGCGUCGACCCAUUCGGGCUGGUGGUGAUGGCGCCCGAAGGCAUGCAGAGCAGGAGCAGAUCACCGUAUUCUUCAGGGAGUGACCAGGAUCUCAGCUUCUCGAUCUAUGCUUCUUUGUGAUUUCUCUUCUAAUUUGUCUACCUCCUUUUUCUGCCCGCAGAUUGGAGCAAGAGCAAGGUGGUCAGAUCUAGAUCGAAAGUCAGUGAGACGAAAGCCGUUUUUACCUCACUGGUCAAGCAACACUAUUCACUCUUUGAUGCAACAUGGGAAGCUUUAUUUCCUGAAGCACUAGCUGGGAAGUCAGUGAGACGAAAGCUCAUGAGGGCAGGUCCAAGGGCACUGAUCUUCCCAGCACCUGCAAACGCUACCUCAGCAACCAUGCGCCUCUUGAAGAUCACCUGGGCAGAGCUGGCACUGUUUGCAACAUCUGCCUUCACUUCAUUGACAUGACCGUAUUGGCUAAAGAUCUUGAUAAGGUCACACUUUGUAGGAUAAAUGCAUGGUCUGCUGAAGUGCAGCACCAGAUUUUCUCUCUGCUGAAGACCACAUGCUGCUACAGAGAGCUGCCAUAGCAUUUCUCCACAGAUGCAAGCCCAACCAUUCUGUUCUUCCAAUAAAAUACUGGUAUGGUGAGAGUGAUGGUUAUCCUUCUCAGAAAGGGAGAGAUCAAGAAAGAUGAGAUAUAAAUUCAUAUGCUACCAGAACAAGAAAGAUGAGAGCGGUUGGUGGCCGAGACUCCUAAAAAAGGGACCUGUGUUCUUGAAGGUUGACUGGACAAAUGGUAUGACGAGGAUGUCGAAGAUGUUGGAUGUUAGAAUUUCACUUUUGGUUGAUUAUGUUUUUUCUUAUGCACCUGACAAAUCUAGAUAUGCAACCAGACAUGCUUUAUUCUUGUUCCUGUUUUGUUUUCCUUAUGUAUUAAUUCCUUAACUUGUAAUGCACAUGAUGUUUUCCUUAUGUAUUAAUUCCUUAA